AUGGCAGAGGCAAUGGAGACGGAGAUGGAUUUCUCUGAUGGUGAACAAACUAAAGCUAAUGCACAACAACAUGGAACUAUUUCCCAAUAUUCUGCUCCUCCUGUGUAUAACAGGUCUGGUCUUAUGCCUGUUUAUGGAAACCCAGCCAUUGGAUUAGAAAAUGUGAUCGAAAGGAGACAUGAUCAUGAACAGCUGCUACCUGGUUAUAUAUUUAUGUGUAAUGGGAGAACGAAACCCGAUUGCUACCGUUACCGUGUCUUCGGGAUUCCAAGAGGGAGAAAAGACGUUGUUGAGAGUAUCAAACCGGGGAUGAAGCUUUUCCUUUAUGACUUUGAAAAGAGACUUCUUUAUGGUGUUUAUGAAGCUACUAUUGGUGGGAAAUUGGAUAUAGAACCAGAAGCUUUCGACAAGAAAUAUCCAGCUCAGGUUGGAUUUAGAAUUGUCAAGAACUGUUAUCCCUUGCCAGAGAACACUUUCAAGUCUGCUAUCUGUGAGAAUUACAAAGGUGGCAAAUUUAAGCAAGAACUUGCUCCUCACCAAGUGAUGUCUCUAUUAUCAUUAUUUCGUUCAUUUACUGCGCCAGAACUCGAUGCAUUGCCUCAUAGAUUGGCUUCCAGAGCACUAUCUUUUGAGGAACGGUUCAUAGCUGCUACACAACUUAGGAAUGCUUCGUCAGUUUUAGAUCCUCUGUUUGCUCGUCAUGCAGAACCACGACUUGGCUCUCUUAUGGCACAUCAGUCUGUUCCCCGCACACCUCUGCUCCAACAUAGUUACUCCAGACAAGAUGAUUACGCAACCCCAGUGAGGGAAGAAUCAAGUCUGUCAAAUUUGAAUCAGCCUUAUUAUCCUACAGAAAAUCGUCAGCAACAGUUGCUCGGAGAGCCUUCACGCUCAUCUAUUCAAGACCCUCAACUCAAAUAUCUAACGAUUUUAUCUAAUAUCCGGAGAUAUGGAACUGCCCCAGAGCGUUUGGCCUCAGAGAAUGAAUAUCAUCCGGCAACACCAUCAGAGAAGGACCAGUUUGCUUCACCUUAUUCUGAUAGUAAGUAUUACCCUUCGAUGUUAUCUGGGAAUGAGCAUCCUUCUGCAUCUGCAGCUAAUGGGAGUGUAUAUAGAAGUGAGUUCCAUACUUUAGCAUCACAAAAGGAAGGUGAAGCUAGUCAGCAGGGUGAGAUCCCUGCUGACACUUACUAUCACCCUGAAGCAUCUACAGUUCCAAACACUACAGUGUCCAUGCAAUCAGAUAUGCAGGCAAUUAGUGUUGCUCAAUCACAUACUACUGAGACAGCUGUCUAUUCAAUACCGCCACAUGGUGAAACCCCACAACCAGCUGCUGGAGCAACUGGUUACAUACACCAACUUCAGAGUGUAGCGGGUAAUUAUGCCACACAUUCACAGCCUGGGAGUGUGGAAGAAAGUACACAAUCAUAUGCUGGAACAGUUAGUCACCCACAACAUCAAUAUCAUGCAUCUCUGGGGCAUGCUACUCAACUUUAUGCUGGUGGUGGAACUGGAUAUACUAAACAACCCCAUGAAAUUGGGUACGCUCAGCAACCACAUGCUGCAGCAACAGGGUACACUCAGCAGCCCCACACUGCAGGAGCUGGGUACGCUCAGCAACCACACGCUGCAGCAACUGGGUAUGCUCAGCAACUCCAAGCUGCAGCAACUGAGUACGCUCAGCAACUCCAAGCUGCAGCAACUGAGUACGCUCAACAACCACAUGUUGCAGCAACUGAGUACGCGCAGCAACCACAUGCUGUACCAACUGGGUACGCUAAGCAACUCCAAGCUGCAGCGACUGAGUACGCUCAGCAACCACAUGCUGCGCCAACUGGGUACGCUCAGCAACCACAUGCUAAAGUUGGUGCAUACACGCUGCAAUACCAUGCUCAAGCUGUUGGAUACACGCCGCAAUAUCAUGCUCAAGCUGGUGCAUACACUCAACAAGCUGUAAUGCAGCCAGGGGCUCCGGGGACAGCUGGUUGGAAUGCUGCAAGCCAGGCAUAUUCUACAACAGGAGACUGGAAUGCGGUCGAUGACGAUGAUACUGAAAUCCUAUUUUGCAUUGGUAUUGCAGGAUCUGGACAAUUUGUGCGUGUGUGGAAGCAUGGGCUUGAACUGGUGCUCUUGCUGGAAGAGAGGGACAAGGAAAUAAAAGGUAGAGUCUCCAUCUCGCUUGCUGUAAGUAUAUGGUUUGAUUACAUUAUAGCUGCGCAUGAGGAAAUACCUCAAACAUCAAAACCUUUUCAAUUUCCCGUUUCAGAAGUGCAAUUUGAAAUGCAAUUCUGA